AUGGACAUGGCACACUCUGGGCAAGCCUUUGGUCUGAUGCAGGAAACCACACUGUAUUUCGGGACUCAGUGGCUGGUUACCAAGAAAGCAGAUCAAACAAGUCCCGGUGUCCACCACCAAUCUCAUUGUCGUGGUGUUUCCAAGAGCGGGAGAUUGAGAAAGGGUCACCUUGGGUGGAUUUUUUAAUAUUUGGGUGCCCUCCACGAUUCCUCUGGGGAAUCUUACCCUGGGAGGAGCAGGAGAAUGAAGCUCAGGAUUUGGGCAACAGCCCCUGGGGACACCACUUUCAAAGCUUUCACCCCUGUGUUGACUCUUGACAGAGACCAAUGGUGCUCCUGUGUGGCUGGAGAAGCUGGCUCUGGUUCUGUGUUCUCUUUUCUAGUUUUUUUGGUGGAAUCUGGGAAAACGGUACUGUGCAACCACCAGCCUGGGAAAUCAUGGUAAAGCUCAAGGUAAAGCUCAAAGGACAUAACGAAGCCCUUUGUUGUUCUAUCUCAGCUGCGAGACUGAAAAAUCCCAGUGCCUCCAGGACAGGGUGGAAAUAGGAUGGGUGUCUCCAGUUCCCGUCCUCCUCAUCUGUCCAACUGCUGCUUCCCAGAGCAAUAUAAGUUAAUGUAUUGCCUGUAGCUGUGCUGGGAAGGGGCAGGGUCUCAGAGUAACCAAUGGUGUAGAACCAGGAAGAGCAAUCUCUCACCUUUCUGAUCACUUGAGAGAGAAAGGAGCUCGGUGGGUCGCUCUUCAUGGACGCCAGGAAGCCUGUGGAAAACCUACGGGAUGAAGCCCGCUGCUCCAUCUGCUUGGAAAUAUUCCAGGACCCCGUGUCCAUCCACUGUGGGCACAGCUUUUGCCGGUCGUGUAUCAGUCAGACCUGGGAAGGACUGACCACCAACUUCUUCUGCCCCCAGUGCAGGGAGACAGUGUCAUGGAAAAGAGUCCGUCGCAACUGGGAAUUGGCCAACAUGAUUGAAGCAGCCAAGAGAUUGAACCUGCAACGGGACAGAGAGGUGGAAGGAGGGGAGAACUUGUGUGAGGAGCACCAGGAACCCCUGAAGCUCUUCUGCCAAGACGACAAAAGGCUUAUCUGCGUGGUGUGUGACAGGUCCAAGGUGCACCGUGACCAUUUUGUGGUUCCAAUGGGCGAGGCUGCCCAGGAGUACAAGAAACAAAUUGAGACCCAACUGCACCUUCUGAAAUCAGAGCAAGAGGCGCUUCAAUCUUCCGUGAAGGACACACAAGACAGACUCAAGGACCACACUGAGAGGACAGAAGCUGCAAAGCAGGAGAUUGUGAGGACAUGUAGGAAGCAGCACGAGUUCCUGGACAAAGAGGAGUCCUCUCUUCUGGCCCAGCUGGAGCAGCUGGACACAGAGAUAAUGAACGCCCAUGAAGAAAUCCUCCAGAGGCUUUUGGAGGAGACAACAAGGCUGGGCACGCUGAUUGGGGAGAUGGAGAAGACCUACCAGCAGCCAGACUGGCAGCUCCUGAAGGACAUUGGAACCACCUUGAGCAGGUCUGUGGUCCUUCUCCUGUCCCCAUGUCACCACCACAGAGCAGGGGCCAGAGGGAAACACUCUCCCAAUCACUCGAGAUUGCCCCAAAGCUGGAAAAGAAAUUCUCUGAAUUCGCCAAGAAGAACCCAGACAUCAAGGAACUUGUGGAGAAAUUUCAGAGUACGAAGGGCAGAUUUCCUGGAGUUUGAGCUUCCUUUGGCAACACAGAUGACGCUGGACUCAGAGACGGCCAACGCCAGGCUUUAUCUCUUGGAAGACUGCAAGCUUGUGCGGUGGGAUUGCUGUGAGCAGGACCUGCCCCCCAACCCAAAAAGGUUCAAAGUCAAUCACUGUGUGCUGGGCUUGAGGGGCUUCACAUCGGGGUGGCACUGCUGGGAUGUGGAGGUCCACAGAGAAGGCACAUGGGCCAUUGGGGUGGCCAAGGAGUCGGUUCCAAGGAACCGUUGGGUUGUCCUGAAUCCCAGUGAGGGGAUAUGGGCUCUGUGUCAUAUCCAAAAUGAGUACACGGCUAUGACAUCUCCUGAUGCCAUCCCUUUGACUCUACGCCGUGUCCCCAAGCGGAUACGAAUCUGCUUGGACUAUGAGGAAGGGAGGGUGCUGUUUUUUGAAGCUGAGAGCAAAGAACGGAUCUUUGCUUUUCUGGCAGCAUCUUUCCAAGGGGAGAGAGUCUUCCCGUGGUUCAUGGUGACGGGGGAUGUUCAACUCAGACUUUUUCCUUAAGGCACAAGACAAAAAAACCCAACCCCCAAAGUCCUCGAGUUCCCCUUGGGAAAUAAACCAGGGGCUGGGUUUUGUCCCAAUCGCACCAAAGGGACAGGAAAGGGGAGCGGCGUUCAGUUUCCUUCCCUUUAGUGAAAAAUAGGAGCAUUUCUGUGCCUUAAACUCUAUUUUGAUCUUUUAAUCACUGUUUAAUCAUUAAUGGCUUUUACGUGGAGGCUGUGAACUUGCCCUGAUGUGGUGUUAAAAGUAAAAGUUCAAUUCUAUACAA